AUGGUGCGCCGCCCCGUUUACAUCGAAAGACCCCAAGCUCCGAUAGAUGGGACACAAAGUACCGCCUGCCCCUCCGCCGAGGGAUACUCGUAUCACAACAGUAUUGCGAACGGCGUGCCAGGCUUCAAGACCUCUGCCACCUUCCUAACCUCCCUCUCCGCCAACCUCCUCCUCCCCGACGCCUACGACCCCAACGCCCCCUCUCCCCUCUCCACCCCUCCCAGCAUGCGCGCCAGCACCGAGCUCUCCUCUUCGACGCACCUCCCACCCCCUUCACCGCUCGCCUUCGCCUUUGCUGCCUCCUCCACAGAUCUCCCUCCCGACAACCUGGGCGCUUCCUUACUAGGGCUGUCCGCAGGAAUCUCAGCGGGACUCUCAGCAGGGAAGCGGGGCCCAGCCACCGUCUACACGACAGCAACCACCGACGCCGAGAGAGCCGCUGCGCUCCAGCUCGUGGCCGACAGCGUAGCAACGCAGCGGCGCAUCGCCUUCCUCGCCGUGCUGUCGCACCCGGCCGUGCUGGGCACGUGCGCCAUGCUCCUGGCGCUGGUAGCGCGGCCGCUGUGUCGCUGUCCUAGCUCACUCGCGCUCUUUGGCCUACCUUUCGCGGUGCUGACCGUUGCGGCGCUUGUGGGCCUCAGGUGGUGCACGUCGGGGUACACGGCGCUGGCCGGGGAGAUCGACUGGGCGUGGCUGGGGGGCGAUGCGGUGAUUAUUGCGAAGGCGGCGAGGAGCGGGGAGGUUGUUGGGGUGGUGGUACUAGGGUGGGUAUGUGGGGGGCGGGGGAGCGGACGGAGGCGGCAUAAGGGGAGAGGGGCUGUAAGGGCGUGGGCGGUGAGGUCGGGGUAUAGGGGGAAGGGGGUCGGAGGUGGGUUGUUGGAGGAGGCGGUGAGAAUUGUGGGGGAGAAGGGCGGUGAGGGGGUGGGAUUUGCGGAGGGGCAUGCGCAUUCGGAGAGGGUGCUGAAGAGUUGGUUCAAUGGCGUCUUUGAUAGGAGGGACGAGCGGGCCCGGAGGGCGUUGCAGGAUAUCGUGACUUCGAAGGCUAGUUUUGGAAGGAGGAGAUGA